CGCCCCCGCUCGGUCUCGCAGUCGGAGCAAAGCAGCUGGCGGAGCAGAAGCGGUCCCCAGGUCAGCCAUGUCAUCUGAGCCUCCCCCACCGCCGCAGCCCCCCACCCAGGAGGCUUCGGUUGGGCUGCUGGACACCCCUCAGACCCACGAGCGCUCUCCGUCCCCUCUGCGGGGCAACGUGGUCCCCAGCCCACUGCCCACUCGCCGGACAAGGACCUUCUCAGCGACGGUGCGGGCUUCACAGGGCCCCGUCUACAAAGGAGUCUGCAAAUGCUUCUGCCGAUCCAAGGGCCAUGGCUUCAUCACCCCUGCUGACGGCGGCCCCGACAUCUUCCUGCACAUCUCCGACGUGGAAGGGGAGUAUGUCCCGGUGGAAGGCGACGAGGUCACCUUUAAGAUGUGUUCCAUCCCGCCCAAGAACGAGAAGCUGCAGGCUGUGGAGGUGGUCAUCACCCACCUGGCGCCGGGCACGAAGCAUGAGACCUGGUCCGGACACGUCAUCAGCUCCUAGGGGACGCUGGAAGCACCCCUUCUCCUGGGCUUGCGGGAGACUUUGGGGGGAGGAGGAGGCAGGACCACACUGGAGAUGACAUUCUAGCACACGAGAUGGGGCUUCAAGGGGGGGGCACAGUCCCUUUCAAGUACCUCCUGGAGAAAGGGGGGGCAGGCACGGGGGUGCUCGCGGCCACCAGCACAGCCUCUGACCAUUGCAACAACCUCUCACCAUCUGAAAAGCAUUAAAAGCAUUUUGAAAGGACAGGCGCCGGCCAGUGGCUGAGUGGAGGGGCCUGGCCCAGCCCAGGGUGUGGGUGGGAGGUGGUGUGUCCCCAGCCACCAAGAGAAGCCGCUCAGCCCGCAGAGUCCCUCUUCCCGCUGGAGUUGGAGGCUCCAGAUCCCCAGAUCCGGCCCCCGGGGGAUGACAUGGCCCCUGCGUGACUUCCCCAGGGUGGAUUUCCACCUGAGUGCCCCUCUUGUGUGUCUCCUGCCCGAGCAGCCUUCUCAUUCUUGAUUAGUUCUGGGGGAGCUGGCUUUAGGGGAGAUGGGGUGGGGUCUUUUGGAUUGGAGAGAUUUUCUCUUUUGGUGCCUUUGCCUGUCUGGGGAAGACACGUUGCCCGGGAGCCCUGACCCCUGGGCGUUGUGGUCUGGGGUGCUGGGAGGCUGCACCCCAGCUCCUUACGGCCCAAUCUGUCCCUCUGUCUGCUGGCGGAGUGACCACCCAGCACCCAUUUCACAGCCUCUGUCGUGAAGGUGGGGGUUGGGGGGUGACGGGCGUGGGUAGCAGAAGGGCUUGAGCAGAGGGGAGGGUCUUUGUUAAAAACAAACUUCUCUGGCUCCAUCCCGGAGAGAGUAGGUAGAGAGUGGGUAGCGGGCUUCCCGACAGCCUUUGGUAAAGUCAAACACCGAAGGAGAAAUACACCCUUGGUGAGGGAGUUUUCUUUAAAACUGCUCUUAAGAAAUGCUUAGAGAUUUCUUUUUCCCCCUCAUUUUUGAUAACUUAAAGCUCUCACCCAGAACCAGCUCUGUGUGCACUUUGCUGCUGACAUUGCAAACUUUGUAGGUGUUGCCAGUCAACAAAUCCUUAGGAUUUUCUUUGCUGUGGGUUUUGGUUUGGCUUGAGUUGUGAUUUAAAAGUAGAAAUAGCUGGGUAGUGUGUUUUGAAAUAUAUGGCCUAUAUGUAGUCAAGAAUCCGCUCCUCAACGCAGGCAGCAAAGCUUUUGAAACGGUGGCUUUUGGGCAGAGCACAGCGGGCACUGAUGGCUUCUUCAGGGCUCUUAACCCUGUGGAUGUGCUCGUCCUUCCGCCUGAGAACUGCUUUCUUUGGAAGCGGGUGGAAGGGAGUUGGUUGCGUGUGUGCACGGAAACGCACGAGCCACGCGCAAGCUGUUCGCUGUGCAGCUGAGUAGCGCGACCGCUUUCCUGGCCUGUAGCGCGCCUUGGAGUCCUCGCCACCUCCCACCUCCCACCUCCCACCUCCCGACUCCACCGUGGCUGGGUCAAAGGUGGCCUUUUACCCUCCAGCCUUGGCUUGUUCCCCAGGUGGCUCCCCGGGGGCCUCUCUGUUGGGUACGGAUCACACUUCCAAAGCCACUUCUGCCAAGGGUUCUCCUGGGGCUGAGAACCUUGUCUCGCUCCCCCAGUCUCUGUGGCUGAGUCCUGGUCUUGGCGCUGUCACAGCUCACCGUGACCCCACGUGCUGGUGUCCCGGCAGGCUCUGGCCGGCGGCGGGCUUGGGAGUUGCAUUCUGCGGUUCGGAGGUGACCUUUGGAUUCUCUCGCUCGGCAGAACCCGCUGUGAACGGCUCUUGCCCUGGCCUCCCUGUGUGGCCACAUCUUUUCCAAUCGAUGAGUAUUCUAGAACUGCAGGGUGUUAGAGCCGGAAGGGACACGGACUCUCCGCUGACAGAUGGGGAAACUACUGGAGGCUCUGGGAGGGACAAUGGGGUGUUGGUGACCAAGCUGCAAGUAGAAUCCAGCAUUCCCAAAUCCGGGUCUUUCCUCCCGCCAGCCACGUUUCUCUCAAUAAAGUUUGGUUUUGUGCAA